AUGGAUCACGGUAGCGCAGAUUCAGCCGAGUGCAAAACGGCGAUGCUAUGGAAUUGGGACACUGUUGAUACUUGCGUGUUCGCUUCAUCAUGGCAAAUCACCAGCGGCGGCAUUAUGGCUGCCUCGUGCAUCGGCGUAGCUCUGCUUGUUGUUCUCCUCGAGGUGGUGCGUCGCGCAUCCAAGGAGUACGACAAUUUUCUCCUAGGCCAGUAUCAGCGCCGGGCCUCUUACGUCUUCUCAAUCGCAUCCUCCGACGGCAGCGAGAUCAAGUCAAGCGACUCCGCGCCACGCACUCUCGUACUACGCGCAUCGCUUCUCCAGCAGCUCACGCGCUCAAUCUUAUACGCCCUUACGUCCGGCCUCACGUGGGCUCUCAUGUUGAUCGUCAUGUCGUUUAAUGGAUAUCUCAUCAUCUCCAUGAUAAUUGGCGCAGGACUGGGCAAAUUUCUGUGUGACUGGUUCGUCGUGAAGAUAACCGAGGGACCGUCGAGUAGAAGCGGCACUGCGGAUGCCAUCUCCAAUCAGCAGCAAUCUAGCAGCUGUUGUAACUAG